GGAGCCUGGGAGGCGACCGAAGGCGGCGGCCCGCGGAGGAAAGAGGACAGCCGAUGCUGGAGCCCGGGCAGGAGCCGGGCUCCGGGGUCCUGUGGAACAUCAUGAACUGGGAAGAGUAGAUGAGCCCAAGAGCCAUCCUACAAAGAGCAAGGAAGAGCCAACAGUUCUUUCGCCCUGUGCCUGACCUCACCCCCCAGCACUUUCCCCUCCCCCUGUUCUGCCCCCACUGGCUCCUGGACUAGAGCUGGGCUUCCAGCAGAACAUCCCCACGGGGGAUGGGCAGCUGGUGAAGUAGGGCUCACUGCCGGGGCCCAGUUGGCCACACCAUGAACCUCCAGGCCCAGCCCAAGGCUCAGAACAAACGGAAGCGUUGCCUCUUUGGGGACCAGGAGCCAGCUCCCAAGGAGCAGCCCCCACCCCUGCAGGCCCCACAGCAGCCCCCAGCCCCUCCACAGUCCACCAGAGUGAAGGAGGAGCCUUACUUUGGGCACGAGGGUCCGGCAGGGGCCGCCCCUGUCUCCCAGCCUGUGGAGCUACCCCCUCCGAACAGCCUGGCCCUGCUGAACUCUGUGGUGUAUGGUUCCGAGCGGACCACGGCAGCCAUGUUGUCCCAGCAGGUGGGCUCGGUCAAGUGGCCCAACUCUGUGAUGGCUCCAGGGCGGGGCCCUGAGCGUGGAGGCGGUGGGGGUGUCAGUGACAGUGGCUGGCAGCAGCAGCCAGGCCAGCCUCCACCCCACUCGACAUGGAACCGCCACAGCCUGCCCCUCUACAGCGGACCCAAGGGGAGCCCUCAUCCUGGCAUGGGGGUCUCUACCUACUACAACCACCCCGAGGCACUGAAGCGGGAGAAAGGAGGCGGACCGCAGCUGGACCGCUACGGAAAUGCCGUGCGGCCGAUGAUGCCACAGAAGGUGCAGCUGGAGGUAGGGCGGCCCCAGACGCCCCUGAACUCUUUCCAUGUGGCCAAGAAGCCCCCAAACCAGACACUGCCCCUGCAACCUUUCCAGCUGGCGUUCGGCCACCAGGUGAACCGGCAGGUCUUCCGGCAGGGCCCACCGCCCCCCAACCCCGUUGCGGCUUUCCCACCGCAGAAGCAGCCGCAGCAGCAGCAGCCGCAACAGCAGCAGCAGCAACAGGCCGCGCUUCCCCAGAUGCAGCUCUUUGAGAACUUCUAUCCCAUGCAGCAGCCACCCUCUCAGCAGCCCCAGGACUUUGGCCUGCAGCCGGCCGGACCCCUGGGGCAAUCCCACCUGGCUCACCACAGCAUGGCGCCCUACCCCUUCCCCCCCAACCCUGAUAUGAACCCAGAACUGCGCAAGGCCCUCCUGCAGGAGUCAGCCCCACAGCCUGUGCUACCUCAGUCCCAGAUCGCCUUCCCCCGCCGCUCCCGCCGCCUCUCGAAGGAGGGUGUCCUGCCUUCUGCCCCUCUGGAUGUGGCUGGCACCCAGCCUGGACAGGAGCCCACCAGCAACCUAUUCCUACAUCACUGGCCCCCACAGCAGCCACCACCCGGGCCCUUGGGGCACCCCCAUUCUGAAGCUCUGGGAUUCCCGCUGGAGCUGAGGGAGUCGCAGUUGCUGUCUGAUGGGGAGAGACUGGCACCCAACGGUCGGGAGCGGGAGGCUCCCACGAUGGGCAACGAGGAGGGCAUGCGGGCAGUGGGCACAGGGGACUGUGGGCAGGUGCUACGGGGUGGGGUGAUCCAGAGCACUCGACGGAGGCGCCGGGCAUCCCAGGAGGCCAAUUUGCUGACCCUGGCCCAGAAGGCAGUGGAGCUGGCCUCACUGCAGAACGCAAAGGAUGCCAAUGGCUCUGAGGAGAAGCGGAAAAGUGUGCUGGCUUCAACCACCAAGUGUGGGGUGGAGUUUUCUGAGCCUUCCUUAGCUGCCAAGCGAGCACGAGAGGACAGCGGGAUGGUACCCCUCAUCAUCCCAGUGUCUGUGCCUGUGCGGACUGUGGACCCAACUGAGGCAGCCCAAGCUGGAGGUGUUGAUGAGGAUGGAAAGGGUCCCGAACAGAACCCCGCUGAACACAAGCCGUCAGUCAUUGUCACCCGCAGGCGGUCCACCCGUAUUCCUGGGGCUGAUGCUCCAGCUCAGGCUGAUGACAUGAAUGUCAAGUUGGAAGGGGAACCUUCAGUGCGGAAACCAAAGCAGCGGCCACGGCCUGAGCCCCUGAUCAUCCCUACCAAGGCGGGCACUUUCAUUGCCCCUCCCGUCUACUCCAACAUCACCCCAUACCAGAGCCACCUGCGCUCUCCUGUCCGCCUAGCUGACCACCCCUCUGAGCGGAGUUUUGAGCUACCCCCCUACACCCCUCCCCCAAUCCUCAGUCCUGUGCGGGAAGGCUCCGGCCUCUAUUUCAAUGCCAUCAUGUCAACCAGCAGCAUCCCAGCCCCUCCUCCCAUCACGCCAAAGAGUGCCCAUCGCACCCUGCUCCGGUCUAAUAGCGCUGAAGUCACCCCACCUGUCCUCUCUGUGAUGGGGGAGGCCACCCCAGUGAGCAUCGAGCCACGGAUCAACGUGGGCUCCCGGUUCCAAGCGGAAAUCCCCUCCAUAAGGGAUCGUGCUCUGGCAGCUGCAGACCCCCACAAGGCCGACUUGGUGUGGCAGCCGUGGGAGGACCUAGAGAGCAGCCGGGAGAAGCAGAGGCAAGUGGAAGACCUGUUGACAGCCGCCUGCUCCAGUAUUUUCCCUGGAGCUGGCACCAACCAGGAGCUGGCCCUGCACUGUCUGCAUGAGUCCAGGGGAGACAUCCUGGAAACGCUGAAUAAGCUGCUACUGAAGAAGCCCCUGCGGCCCCAUAACCACCCACUGGCAACUUAUCACUACACAGGUUCUGACCAGUGGAAGAUGGCUGAGAGGAAGCUGUUCAACAAGGGCAUUGCCAUCUAUAAGAAGGAUUUCUUCCUGGUGCAGCAGCUGAUCCAGACCAAGACCGUGGCCCAAUGCGUGGAAUUCUACUACACCUACAAGAAGCAGGUGAAAAUUGGUCGCAAUGGGACGCUAACCUUCGGGGAUGUGGAUACAAGCGAUGAGAAGUCGGCCCAGGAAGAGGUUGAAGUGGAUAUUAAGACUUCCCAGAAGUUCCCAAGGAUGCCUCUUCCCAGAAGAGAGUCUCCAAGUGAAGAGAGGCUGGAGCCCAAGAGAGAAGUAAAGGAGCCCAGGAAGGAGGGGGAGGAGGAAGUGCCAGAGAUCCAGGAGAAGGGAGAGCAGGAAGAGGGGCGAGAGCGAAGCCGGAGGGCAGCGGCUGUCAAAGCCACACAGACACUACAGGCCAAUGAGUCGGCCAAUGACAUCCUCAUCCUCCGAAGCCAUGAGUCUAACGCCCCUGGCUCUGCUGGUGGCCAAGCCUCAGAGAAGCCAAGAGAGGGGGCAGGGAAGUCACGGAGGGCACUACCUUUCUCGGAGAAGAAGAAAAAACCGGAGACAUUUAACAAGACCCAGAAUCAGGAGAACACUUUCCCUUGUAAAAAGUGUGGCAGGGUGUUUUACAAGGUGAAGAGCCGCAGCGCCCACAUGAAGAGCCAUGCAGAACAGGAGAAGAAGGCUGCCGCCCUGAGGCAGAAGGAGAAGGAGGCCGCUGCCGCCGCGGCAACCGCAGCCGCCGCCUCUCCGCACCAGCCCGCGCUGCGCGAGGAGAGCGGCGCGGGUGAGAGGGGCUGACGCCGCCGGGGCUCAGGGGCCCGCCCCUCGCCCUGGACCCCCGGCCCUCCCUGCACCAGCCUGCCCGAGCUCCUGCGAGCACCCUGGAACCUCCAGAGGGAGAGAGGAGAGAUCACGUGGACUUUUCUCGGAAGAACAAGACAAUAAAAUAAACGGCUCUUUUAUUUAUAAAGGCCCCAGGAGCAGUCGUCUAGGCUGCAGGAUCCAGUUCUCUUUGCAUUCUGUCUGUCGGAAGUAGUCCUUGCGCGUUCCUCCAACUGCACUGCGAAGGCCCCUGCUGGCUGGGGCUGCCCCUCCGGACGGGCUCCAGCGCCGCCACUGCUGCCUCCCACGCUGGGACCGCUGCUGCCGCGCAGCCUCUUCCGGUCCUCCUGGUUUCCCCUGCUCCCCUUCGGUCACCAUGGAGAGCCAAGCAAGCACAAGCUCACCCUCCUUGCAGCAUUUUUCCCCCCCCCCCCCCCCCCCGCCCCCAGAGGACCUCAAAGGCUGCACAGGCCCUGCCCCAAGCCCCGAAAAGAGGAACUCCCCUGGAGGGAUUGUGGUGGCCGUCUCCGAGAAGGAGCUCAGCCUGGUACCUGUGCUGUCCCCUACACGACAAUGUCCAGGCCUAAGCUGCUCCGGUGACCCUGUCCUCAGGCCACCACCUAUGGGAGGAAAGCUUCCAGAAUGCCUAUAGGGCAGAGGACAGGUACCUGUCCCUUUGCUGCUCUCUACCGGCCUGCUAGGGCUGUGAAGUUUUCUCAGAUAUUUGGGGAAGGGGCCAGUGUCGGGUCUCAAGCUCUCAGUCUGCUGGAAGGAAGGGAACUGUGCAGAGGGUGGAAGUUGUAGGGUUGGGCUGGAGAGAACUUUUGAUAAGCCCUGGCUCUUCCUGCUUCCCACCUUUUUGCCAAACACUUUUGGUCCCCGAAGGCUGCUAAGGGGGUUUAUCCUGGGCCCAGCCUGUUCCCUCUUGCCGCAGGUUCCUUGCCUGCGUAUGUCCUGCCCUUGGCAGCUGCUUCCUCACCCCAUCCCACCUGGUCUAGUGUGGAUAUCCACCGCCCAGCCCCCGGUCCUACAUGCUGGAGAUUUCUGGAUCCUUCCCUGGGAGGGGGAGGUCUCCUAACCAGAUUGGACAGGAGCCUUCAUUCCUCGACUUGUGUCAUUUGGGAGCUAUUUAUUUAUUCUUAAUAUUUAAUUUUUAACAUCCUCUCAGGGACCAGGGGCCUCUUGCUUUCCAGAGGCCCAAGUGCAUUUAUCCCAAAAUAAGGCACCUUCUUGGCAUCCGCCCCCCCCCCCCC